GAUCACAAUUUCAGCCGUUCAAACUGGCUGAAGAUUUUUUUGAAAAUGAUUAUUUCCGCAGGUGGGGGUCUCACCGAGGCAUAUAUAAACCCCUGGGGUCGACGAGCAAAGCAGAUCACAGCACAGAUCAACAAUUAUCAUCAUGUUCAAGCUCGUCGCUUUCUUCGCCCUCCUGGCCGUGGCCAGCGCUGGAGUCGUCGCCCCUCUGGCCUACUCCGCUCCUCUGGCCUACGCCGCCCCCGCCGUCCACGCCCCCAUCGCCUAUGCCGCCCCCGGAGUUGCCCCUGUCGCCUACGCUCCCCGUCUGGCUUACUCGGCGCCCCUCGCCUACGCUCACGCCCCCGUCGUCAAGACCUACCUGGGCUAAGCUGACUUGCUGUGACCUCAUCAUGGACUGAUACUCAACAACCCUGAACGCACCCCCUACAAGCGAAUGUGAUUUGGAGCUUGACUGUUGAAAUUGUUACCUAUCCCCUCAAAUAAAUAUAAUUAUCAUAGCAUCAUAA